AGGUGAUCUUUGAGACCCCAGACUCAAAUAGAGACUGGAAGAGUCGGUACUUCUUCCUGGAGGGUGACAGAUGGAUGAACCAUCCAGGGGAGACGGAGUACAUGCCCGUCGACACAACUUGGGCAGUUAUAAAUCAGACACGUAUGCAUCCGUCUAAAUUUUGUACUGCUUUUCAUAUCCGUCCAGUUAUAUGUGUAUAUCUUGAUCAUUUUUUCUUUGCAGGUAGACGGCGCCCUCAAGUCAGCCUCGAGGAGUUUAGCUUCCUUGAAAAGGUUUGCAAGAAGACUACGCCGGAGGAAAGGACUUGGGCUAAGUUGGUGAACCCGAAGACCAUACAUUGGUACUGUGACGGUCCUGAGCCCACCCAAGAAGCAAUAAGAUACGACGAGCGAGUUCAUAGACGUAAGCCCGUCGACUUUACUUUGCCAUUUACCUGGCUUUAUUUUGUUUUAAUUUCAUCCGUCAUUAUUUGCAGAGAUGGAUGACGCAAAGAGGAGAGCUUUGAUCAAGUCCCAGGCCGUCAAGAAGAGGGAAUCCGGCGAGGAGGUUCCUAAGGUGUCAGCUUCAGUCCCUAAGAGGAAACUGACGACAAAAUCCGACCGUCCAUUUAAGCAACCAAAGGUCUCUCUUGAACCUGUGGUUGGCUUAAUGGCCGAGGGUAACAAGGCCGUCACCCCAGCAAAGCAGGGGAAGGGUAAGGGAUUGAUGACGGUCCCAGACGGUAAGCAAGAGAGACCUCCUUCCCUUCUCCGUGAUGACUCCCAGUAUGCAUUGGAGAAGCUGUCGUCCAUCAUCACGGCAGAAGACUAUGAAGACCUGGGAAACCAUUCGACGGAGGCCAUGGGGGAGACGGGCCUCUUCGCCGUCGCUCAGUCCUUGGUCAUGAUGAAGGGACUACUUGACCGGUGUCUCAACCGUGAGAGUACCUUGGACCGGGUGCGCGCGAAGGCGCAGCAGACGGAGGAAGAGCUCGGACAACUUCAUAAAUGGAGGUCCAAGAUGGAGAAGAAGCUGGAGCUUUCUGAGCAGGCGAGGAAGGAACUGGAGGAGAAGACGGCCACUUCGCUGACGGCCAUAGAGAAUAAAGAGGCUGAGAUCAAACAGCUCAAAGAAGAGCUCCGUCAGGCGAAAGUGGCAGCCGUCGAGGAGUAUCGAUGCUCGGAGUCCUGCUUGAGCGAGCUGUCGGACUCCUUCCUUCAAGGCUUCGAUGAUUCUCUCCGUCAAGUCAAGAAGGCUUAUCCAGAGCUGGAUUUGACAAUGGUCAAACUUGAGGACCAAGCCCAGACUUCUGCCCUCCCCGUCACCUCCGAAAAUACGGAGGACCUUUUUGGCGACGGUGCUGCUCAAGGAGACGGAGAGUCCGCCCCGUCGAAGGAUGUCCCAGUUGCUGACCCAAAGGAAGUUUAACGUCUAUGUAAUUCAUUUUUUUUUUUUUUUUUAUUCACAUUUUAAGACAAUCCGUCCUUUUUAAUUGUAUUAAACAUUUGCCUUUGGGGCUUUUGGCUUAAUGUUCAGAU